ACGACGUACGUCUGUAACGAUUUGUGCACAACACAGGACUUCCAAGACAGCUCUUUAAAAAUGGCUACUUUACGAAAGCUUUCUCAGGUGGAGACAGAAGGCGAAGAUGUUGCUUACGAGUUACGGCGACAAAAAAACAUCGAGGAAAACAAGGCUAUGCUCGAUCAGUUACUUGCAGACCUGAAGGGAAUGCCAGGGUUACCACGGCGACGCUCCAAUUCACCAAAGCUUAUCACAUCCCUGGCAAUCACACCCCAAUGCUUCUUGCCUCCUCAGAGAUCACCUAAGACCAGGAAAACUCUCGACUGCAGUUUCAUCUCGAGACGUAGGAACCCUUCCCGCAAGGCACGCCUCAGUUCGCCACUCUUUGCCUGUGCCUCAAGAAUCCGCACUCGGGGGCAGAAGAGGAGGGCGGAGGCCAUCGAAGACGAGAAUGUGAAGGUGUAUCUUGAUGACGAAGAUGCGUUCCCAGUCAAGGAAGGACAGAAAUUAAUAAUCAAGUUUGGCCCGACGUUCAAGAAAGCGCCUGCCUCCGAUGGCGAUUCAGAUCCAGAGUUUGAAAUCUUUGAGGACGAAGAAGAAGAGUGUCUGCCGACACCGACAAAGCGACGCAAGGCACAGCGCCCCCUUGCGGUCAUCAGACAACCGGAAGAUAUCACAGAGGAAGAACUGAAUAUGGUUGCCGAGUGCGUGAAGGAGAAGAAAUACAAUGCUGAAGUGGGCACAACCUGCCACCAGUGCCGACAGAAAACCCUUGAUAUGAAGACUAUCUGUCGCUUCAGUGGCUGUACCGGGGUCAAGGGUCAAUUCUGCGGGCCAUGCCUUCGGAAUCGCUAUGGUGAGGAUGCCAAAACAGCGCUGAUUACACCGGAUUGGGUGUGUCCGCCAUGCCGCGGGAUAUGCAACUGUAGUUUCUGCCGUAAGAAACAAGGACGCCACGCCACCGGGAUCCUUAUUCAUCUAGCCAGGGAGAGUGGCUAUACAAGCGUCAAGGACUAUCUAGAAAAGUUUUCAAAGAAGUAGCUUUCUGAUCCAUCCAUCCAAGUGAACUGUAAAGGAUCCUCUUAUUAGUCGGAGGAAAAAAAUGUACAAAUUUAAAGGUUUUUUUCUCUUCUAAAUAGAACUUUUCAUAUUAUUGCCAUAAUUGUACUUUUGUGUUAUUAAAAACUGUUUGUGUAUCUUUAAGUUUGUCCUUUUGUGAAUGGACAACUGAAGGUAUACUUGAUUUAUUAUUCUUUUCUAAAUGUAUUCAGUGGUUUUUUUAGGGGGCUAUGCCUAGCUUGUUAAUUCCAACAAGAUGUUGAAUUUCAAUUUUUGAAUUAGAAUUUUGGAAUGUUGGCAACUGCCAUUUUUAAUUGGUGAAUGGAGAAAUUUAUUGUACAGAAAGUUAAUAUUGAAUUUAAAAAGCAUGGUCUAUAAGUUUGUUCAUCAUAUCAUGUAGGUAGAACUUGCACCAAUUUUGACAAAUCAACUCCAUUGCAUGCAUGAUGCUUCACGGAGACAACAAAGACAAUUGCCUCCAUGCCCCCUGGUCAUUGCCUUGGUGCCCUGGAAAUCGUCCCAGUAGUAAUUUACAAUUUCCUCA